CCUUCUGCUCUGCUUCAGGCUUCCACUCUUUGUGUAUAAAAGUUCCCUGGGAAGUUGAGUGUGUCCACCACUCUGUGUACAAGCCUUGGUGAGGCUCAGCCUGAAGUUCAGAGUGCAAGCUUCUUCCUCUAUAACCAUGCAAGUCUAUGCAGCCCGGGUCCUAGCCGCUGCCACCCUGUUGGUGCAAGCCAUCGCCCUACCCCAGGAUGAAGCAUCUACAGCAAGAAAUGCCACCUCUUGUCUCCUUCCCAUGGAUGAAGGACCUUGCAAAGCCCUACUACCCCAGUAUUACUACGACCGAUACGCCCAGACGUGCCUAGAGUUCUUAUAUGGAGGUUGCGGUGGAAAUGCUAACAAUUUUGAGACCUUGGAGGACUGUGAAAAAACCUGCUGGAAAAUCAAAAAUGAUUCGAACAGUUCAGUUUCUGAAAAAAUCUUUAAGUUGACAGCUGAAAAAGUGGACACGUCGGAAGUCCCCAAAAUUUGCAGAAUGGAGCCCGAGCCGGGACAUUGCCGAGCCUUUCUGAAGCGCUAUGCUUUCAACCUGAUUACCAUGAAGUGUGAAAAAUUCAUUUAUAGCGGUUGCUAUGGAAAUGAUAAUAAUUUCAGAGACGAAGCUUCUUGCCUCGAGACCUGCGCUCCCAAACGAAAUGCUCCCAGCUUCUGCUAUAACCCACGGGAUGAGGGAUCAUGCUCUGCUUCUGUAACCCGCUAUUAUUUCAACACUGAAUCCAAAGCCUGUGAAGAGUUUACAUACACUGGUUGUGGAGGAAACUCUAACAACUUUGUCAGGAUGGAAGAUUGUAAUAAAGUGUGCAAGAAAGGAAAUAAAAAGCCAAGGCCUAAGAAUCGUAUUCGCAAGCCGAAGACACAAUCUUGAGCGACCAGUGGGGAAGAUACACAUUUAUAGGUUCACAUUAAUGUCUUGCUUGGGACAAGCGGGAUACAGCCGGUGGAGAAGAGCUUGCCUAUUGUUGCAAUAUGCAAAAAAUUGGAAUGCCGUACUUCCAGCUUAUACCAUGCAGUAGCUUUUUGCCACCAAUUUUUGCUAUGAUUUUACAUAAGCUAAAUCACGCCUUCAUCCCAAUGUAAUUUACAAUGUGAAUUAAAAAGGCAAGUGAAUCCUUUUCUGCGGUUUGACAUACAUCACAUGUGCCACUAGAGGCCGAUAUUAAUAGUACAUCUCCUUGCCUAAACGCAUAGUUCCACUUACACUGUGGGGCAGCAUAGACCUCA